AUAAAAUUGUCGGCUGUGUACAGCGAUAAAUUGUUUUUAUUACAUACUUGAAAAAGUUUAUAUAAUAUAUAUAUAUAUAUUGAAUAUAAUACAAAAAUUUAUAAAAAAAGCAGUGAUUCUAACAAUGCAAUUAUUCUUAUUUUUGUGUAUUACUUUAAUUGUUCCUUCUACAUACCAAGCGGCUGCAUCCCAAGGUUCGGUUGAAUUAGAUGAAUAUUCUUUUGAUAAAAUUACUGGAAAAUUUGAAGCAUCUCUUAUAAAGUUUGACGUCGCCUUCCCGUAUGGUGACAAACACGAUGCUUUUGUGGCAUUGGCAAAGGACGCAAAAGAUGUGGAAGAACUUUUGGUCGCCGAAGUCGGAGUAAAAGAUUACGGUGAAAAAGAUAAUGAAGAAUUGGCGAAGAAGUACGGCGCCACGAAAGAUAACUUCCCUGUAGUGAAACUAUUUGUAAAAGGCAAAAAAGAACCGAUAGCAUUUGAUGAUUCAAAAGGUUUUACCAGUGACGAAUUACGACGUUUUGUAAAAGAGAAUACCGGCUUGUAUCUCAGUCUUCCAGGAUGCGUAAAAGACUUAGACAAGCUGGCUAUUAAAUUUACAAAAUCCAAACUGGACGAAAGAAAAAAACUUUUAACAAAAACACAAGAAACUUUGGUAAAAUUGGGAAAUAAGGAUGCUCUGUCUGGAAAAAUAUACAAAACCAUUAUGGAGAAAAUUCUAGAAAAAGGUGAUGAUUUCAUUAAAUCUGAAAAUGAUAGAGUGAAAAAAUUACUAAGUGGAAAAGUUUCAGAGGAGAAGAAAAAAGAACUAGGCAUUAGACUGAAUAUUCUACAGUCAUUCCAGCUUUUUGACAAAAAUGGUAAACAAAAGGAAGAACUGUGAUCAGAUAUUAGUAGAUAGUCAUAGAGUGAAUUUGAGUGUUAUUAAUUUAUGUUCAAAACGCAUUACUAUGUAAUAAGAUGUAGUUAUUAUUUUAUUUUUAUCGAGUUGCUGUGACAAUAUUGAAAACUCCAAACAUAUCAAUAAAUUAGACUAUAAUUAUAUGUAUAUACAUAUAUUUUCUUUUUCAAUUGAAGCAUUAAUUCACAGUUAGGAGGAGUGACCAAUUAUAAUACAUUUAUGUAUAAUAAUAGAUAUUGUAAAUUACCUACAAUUUUUAUACAUUCCACUCAAUGUCACAACAAUUAUAGUAAUUCCUAUUUACACAAGUGUGUAUUAUAUUUUUUACAAUGAUAUGGGUUGAAUUGCACAAGUGUAAUUUAUUUUGAAGUGUACAAAUAAAUAUUGUUAUGAUACAUGAAAAAUAAUUAUUCUAAUUUC